ACAUAUGACGGGGACAUUGUUGCUGUGCCUAAAUAUAAGGGCAACUUCAAAAGUGAAGUUACAACAACUAAACCAAAUAAGAAAAACAGAGUCCCAAAGACUGGUAAAAAUGAGUUCCGAUUCCAAACAGAACAAGCCUCCAACAGAGGUAGCAAAGGUUGAUGAUGCUUAUCUCUCUGCUUUAGUAUUAUGUUUCAGUCGAGUCUUCCCUGCAAUUCUAAACGCUGCUAUUGAUCUCAAUUUGUUUGACAUCAUAGCAAAGGGACAAAGGUCACGUGAUUCAAGCAUGUCUGCCUCUGAAAUUGCUUCUCUGUUUCCAAAUCCACACCCUGAAUUGGCUAAAAGACUUGACCGCAUAUUGCCUCUGCUUGCUAGUUAUUCUCUUCUGAGUUGUUCCAUUCGCACCAAUGAAGAUGGUAAGAGAGAAAGGGUUUAUCUGCUCUCACCCGUAGGGGAAUACUUUGCACGUGUCCAUGAUGGAAGCUCUUUGAGUCCUCUCUCAACCUUAAUACACCGCGGAUAUCAUGAUGUUUGGAAGAAUGUGAAGGAUGCAAUUUUGGACCCUAAUUGCAAUGUACAUUUUGAAAGUGUCUUGGGAAUGUCUGCGUACCAAUAUAUGGAGUCAAACGAGGAGAUAAAUAAAAUUUUUUACGAAGCAAUGACUUACGCUGGCCCAUUAGAUGUGAAAAGGGUACUUGAAAUAUAUAAAGGAUUUGAGGGAGUGUCAACGUUGGUUGAUGUAGGAGGUUCAACAGGGCAGGCCCUAAAACAGAUUCUAUCUGUUUAUCCUUCAAUCAAAGGAAUUAACUUUGACUUGCCUCAGAUGAUUCAAGGGGCAACUCCUCUUCCAGGGAUAGAGCAUGUUGGAGGAGAUAUGUUUGAAAGUGUUCCACAGGGUGAUGCAAUUUUACUGAAGCUUGUGUGUCAUAAUUGGCCAGAUGAAGAUUGCAUAAAAUUUUUAAGAAAUUGCCACAAAGCUUUGCCACCACAUGGAAAGGUGAUUGUUCUGGAUUUUAUAAUGCCAGAAGUUCCAAACUCAAGCAAUAUAUCUAAGCAUACUUGUGCUAUCGACAAUCUCAUGUUUUUAGUACAUGGUGGAAAGGAAAGAACUGAGAAUGAAUUUCGGAACCUAUGCAUGAGUUCUGGUUUUUCCAAAUUUCAUAUUGCAUCCAGUGACGUCACAGCUAUGUCAGGAGUCAUGGAAUUUUAUAAGUAGAAAUGACUAAGCAGUAAUUUGAAAUCUCACUAUAUUGCUAGCAAUAUAGAAUAAAAGACGUUAUGUAACCUUUAUUCUCGCACUCGUUUUCCUAUAUUUGCAUCUUUUCUAUAUAUGUAUAAAUAAUGUUAUAAACAAGUUUUGUGUUAUGUUAUUGUAAGAUUUUCUUAUAUAUAUCUGAUUUACUUGUGUAUACAACUAUCUAG